AUAAAUACAUAACUCUAGACUCUUAAGUACUCUUUUUAACUUGAGUACCAAAAAAACAAAAAAAAAUCUAAGAAAGCUCAGCGCUAGGGAAGGGAAUAGUCGUAGAAUCGAAAGUUAUUUUAUGAUACACUCACACUGUAUAGUUCUUAUUCUAAAGAAUUUAAAGAGCUGAUGCUAAAGUUUUAAAUGGUUGCACCUUGUGAAAGUACAUAAAAGUCAAUAUGGUGGAUCACACAGCAAGAUCUUGUCCAUAUGACCAUGCCAACAUUUUCUCCAAGCUUACAUUCUGGUGGAUGAAUGCAUUGUUUAAAUUGGGCUUUAAAAAUCAUCUUUCAUCUCUAAACAUAUGUGAUGUAUCAAAGGAGGAUGAGUCUAGCCUUAUGCAGUCCAAACUUGAACGCUACUGGAAAGAUGAAGUUCAAAAAUAUACAGAAGGUGGCAAGGCUAGUCUUUUUCGGGCUGUGCUCUGGGCAUUCAAGUGGCAAUGGAUUUUGCCUGGAAUUCUAGUUUUCAUGUCCGAAGCUAUAAAGUUGAUACAGCCCUAUCUUAUUGGCCUGUUGGUUGCUUAUUUUAAUGAUGAUGCUGAUUCAGUGAAUGAGUCCACUGCUUAUGGCAUCGGGGCAGCUCUUGGUGUGAGUGCAUUCCUUCAAAUCUGUCUAAACCCUACCUACUUUUUCAUCAUGCAGCAUGUUGCAUUGAGAAUGAAAGUUGCUGUUGGUGCUAUGAUCUAUAGAAAGGUUCUGUCUUUAAGCACUGAAGCUUUUCAUUACACAUCAUCAGGGCAGAUAGUUAACCAUUUGUCAACUGACAUAGAAAAAUUCAAUUCGUCCAUUGAUUUACUACAUUAUAUCUGGUUGUCUCCCCUGUCAAUCAUUCUUGUUAUGUACCUGAUGUACAGCCAGAUUGGAGUCACUUGUUUCUGGGGCUUAGCAGUGGUAGCAGUCAUUGUGCCUGCUCAGGCAGGCCUGUCAUCUAUAUUUGGUAAACUCAGGCAGAAAAUCGGGGCUUGUUCUGACAAACGUAUUCAGUUAAUGUCUGACGUUAUCAUGGCCAUAAGAGUUAUCAAAAUGCAUUGCUGGGAGAAGCCAUUUCACAAUCUGAUUACCAAGCAGAGAAGGCAGGAAAUAUUUUAUUAUCAUAUUGGAGCAUUUCUGAAGUCCAUGGCCAAUGGGGUUGCAGAUGUUUCUCACAGACUGAUGGUAUUGCCCAUGAUUGUUGUCAUGUAUGUUUCUGGUGAUAAGCAUAUCACAUCCCAGUCUAUCUUCACUAUGAUUGGAUGGCUAGAUGCUGUACGCCUGACUGGAUUCUUCUUUAUCUAUUAUUCUGUGGAGACUAUAAGCCAGCUCGUAGUUUCCUUAACUAGAAUUGAGAAAUUUCUUCUACUAGACGAGGAGAAAGAGCAAAUUAAAGACCUUCACCUACAUAGAUCUGUUACAUUUCGUAAUGAGCCCCAGAGUGAUUGGGCUGUUGACAUUGAUCACAUGACAGCACGCUGGCCAAUUGUGUAUUCAGAAGGCAAAAGGCGUUUUAAUAGAAAGAGAGAAAGAACAAGUACCAGCUCGACAAAGAGUCUUUUACUUGAAAGUGAUACUGAUCAUUCCUUCUCUUUGAAAUAUAUUUCACUACAAAUAAAAAAGGGUGAACUUCUGGCAGUAGUUGGUGUUGUAGGGUCUGGAAAGUCUUCAUUGAUGAUGGCAUUGAUUGGUGAGCUCCCUUAUGAGAUUGGUCAGAUAGCAGUAAAUGGUCGCUUGAGUUAUUGUGGUCAGACUAAUUGGGUGUUCAGUGGAACGGUUCGGGAAAACAUCCUAUUUGGUCAUUCCUACAAUCCUAACCAUUACCAGCAAGUUGUCCAGGCUUGUGGAUUGACCCAUGACCUUCAGCUGUUACCAAAAGGUGAUCAGACGUAUGUAGGAGAAAGAGGCUUGCAGUUAAGUGGAGGGCAGAAAGCUAGAUUAGCUUUAGCAAGAGCUGUGUACCACGAGGCUGAUAUCUAUCUUCUUGAUGACCCUCUUAGUGCUGUUGAUACAAAUGUUGGAAGACAGAUAUUUGAAAGUUGUAUUUUACAACUUCUAAAAGACAAGACAGUAGUCAUAGUAACUCAUCAAUUGCAAUAUUUGAAACAAGCUGAUAGAAUCGUUGUGCUUCGAGAUGGUUCCAUCCAUGAUGUAGGUACGUAUGAGGAGUUAAAGUCUCGAGGUAUGGAUAUGAAAGCAUUGACUUCACUGGGAGAACAUCCCAAACAUGCCACUGAAGCUUCUCUACAAGCAGAGGAAGAAAAUAAACAGUUGUUGUUGGAAUGCAAGCUUCUGAAAGUGUCUGAGAAUGAAGAGAAGGAAGAGAACAUCACAGAUAUUAUUGGUUUCAGUGUCUAUUGGAGAUACUUCACUGCUGGCUAUGGGCUUUACUUGUUGCCACUGCUGUUUCCACUUUGGUUAGCUGGUCCAGCUUUGUUUUGUUUGUCAGAUUGGAUGUUGGCUGACUGGGUAAAAUCCAAGCCUUCUGUCAAUAACAUGCCAGCCAACGCUACUUCAACUGCUAACAUAGACAAUUCACAUAACUGGGACACCAUGCCAUCUAAUUUACAGUUCUACAUAAUAGCUCUUAUCUCAAGUGCAGUGUCCUACAUGCUUUAUGCCACAGUGUACCUCCAAAUGGCUGCUACUUCCGGGGCUAGGCUACAUGACUUAAUGCUCAACAGUGUCAUGAACUCAGUCUGUAGGUUUUUUGACACUCAUCCAGUUGGACUUAUUUUGAACAGAUUUUCUCGAGAUCUAGGUUUUGUUGAUGACUCUGUUGCUAUUCUUGGCUAUAUAGUCUCAAUGAAAACCACUCAGUUUUUAGCAUUUUUCUUAGUGACAGUCAUAGUGAACCCAUGGUUAACACUGGCAUUUGCUCCAAUCAUGAUAAUUAUUGUAUUGAUUAGAUUUUAUGCUUUGCGAACGCUCAGACAAGUAAAGAGGCUGGAAGCUAAAGCGCGUGGUCCUGUAUUUUCUCAUGUCUCUGACACUGUAUUGGGCUUAGAAACUAUAAGAGCACUAGGGAAAAAAGAUCAAUUUCUAUCAGAUUUUGAUGAGCAUCAGAACAGUCAUACCUCAGUUUGGUUCCUGUACCUCAGUUCCUACAGAUGGAUGUCAGUGCGCACGCUUGGUGCCGUAGUGGUGUAUUUGAAUAUCAUCAUCUUUGUUUCUUUGGCUCUCAAAGACAGUCUCAAUGGAAAUCUCCUUGCUCUUUCAUUAAUUUACUGUAUUGCAAUGGGAGAACCAUUUGAAUUUUACAUGAGGGUGUCAGCUGAUUUAGAAACUCAGAUGACAUCAGUGGAACGAGUUUUAAAUUACUGCAAACUAGAGCAGGAACCUCCUAAAGUUUCUGACAAGCCUCCAUCUCCAGAUUGGCCAGUGAUAGGAGCAGUGACAUUUACAAAUUUAUCACUCAAAUAUUCAGCUGAAGCACCUUUUGUUCUUAAGAAACUUGAUUGUCACAUUAAAGGCAAAGAGAAGGUUGGAAUUGUUGGAAGGACUGGAUCUGGGAAGAGUUCUCUCAUUUCUGCAUUGUUCAGACUUGCUCAGCCCAAAGGUACUAUUUACAUUGACAGUGUAGAUACAGGGAAACUUGGAAUGCAUGAGUUAAGAAACAAGAUCUCUGUGGUCCCGCAGGACCCCAUUCUCUUCAGUCAGACUCUUCGCUGGAAUUUAGAUCCUCAGGAGGAAUUUAGUGACGAGAGGUUAUGGCACGCCUUGGAACAGGUACAAUUGAAGAAGAAAGUUGAGGAGAUGCCAGGGAUGUUGUACACUAACAUACAAGAAGGUGGAGACAACCUAAGUGUUGGCCAAAAACAGCUCAUCUGUCUGGCCAGGGCCAUACUCAAGUACAACAAAAUUCUCAUUCUGGAUGAAGCUACAGCCAAUGUGGACCAAGAGACUGAUGAUAUUAUUCAAAGGAUAAUUAGAGCUAGAUUCAGGGAUAGCACAGUGUUGACUAUAGCUCAUCGUUUAUAUACAGUCAUGGAUUGUGAUAGAAUAAUGGUUUUAAAAGAUGGUGAGCUGGUUGAAUUUGACUCUCCAUAUAACCUACUACAAAAUAAUGAUGGUGUUUUCACUAAGAUGGUACUUAGCUUAGGAAAGAAUCAGUCUAAACAGUUAUAUGCUCUAGCAGAACUUUCUCAACAUCAACGAACUUCAGCCAGUCUGCAGCUCCAUAGAGCUAUGCUUUUGGCCACUGAACAGUUGGCUCAGAGCACAGAGGAUUUAUCAGCAGGUCAUGCAGCCUUAAGUUGGAACAGGUUCACUCAUAGUCAAGACUCUUUGGAUAAAGCACUGGUAGAAAGCAUCGUUGUCAAGGAAAAGAAGUCUGUUGCCCCUUCACAGCGUAUUAUCAGACGAAGAAGUCCAGGUCGCACUAAAAAAAAUGCGUCUGAAGAGGAAGAAUUGUUGAGCUAUGACACUCCCCCAAAGGCUCAUCAGGCAUUUAGUGUCAGUCGUGGUCGUAAUGGAAGUGGAAACCAGAAUGAUAUAGGAUCAACUCCAUUGCAAGCUAAGAAAACUAUUCAGGUUGACAGCUCAUUAGAAAAAGUAAAUGUGGGUAGAAAUGACAAUCAAGAGAACAGAUCUUCUGGCAGAGAAAACCAAUCAAGGCAAGAAAGUAAGCAUACUUUUGAGUCGGAUGUAGACUACAAACCUAAAACUUCUUCACAAGGAAAGAAUAAUGCCCUGAGCGAAAGCAAAUCAGAAAAGAGAAAUGUAGAUAGAAAUGACAAUCAAGAGACAAGGUUUCCAAAGAAAGAAAAUCCACCAAGGCAAGAAAGUGGGAGGGGGCAUGUUUUUGAAUCAGAUGUUGAUUAUGAACCUAAAAGACGUUCAGGUGGUGCAGCUCUAUCAAACCGGAGGCAGCAUGCGUCAUUACCAAAAAGCUCAACUCAAGAAAGAUCAGCACCUGUCAUUAGGGCCCAGAGUGAUGGAUCUGCUCAGUUACCAAAGACAAAGAAAUAUUCAUCUCCCCACAAAACAUUACCCCAUCAAAAUGAUGAAAAAGAAGAAUUUGUUUAAAGACAGUGAUGAAGGUUUAGUUCUUAACUUUAGUAAUCUGUUUUAUGAAAUAUUCAAUAUUUUAAAAUAAUUUUUAAUAUGGUUCCCUAACAAUUUUUUAGCAGAAAUUUUACUAGCAUUUGUUCUUUUAAUAAUUGUAAAAAAAAAAAAUUUGGUACAAAUGCUUGUGAAAAAGUUAUCUUUGGUUUCUGCGAGGUAUAAAAAAAAAUAAUAUGUUAUAUAAAAAAUGUUGUGCUCAAUCAAUAUUCUUGCUAUUUCUGCCAAGAAUUACUUGUUUUUAUGUUUCUGUUGACUGUGACUGUGAAUCUGCUAAUUAUUAAUGUAAUCUAUUAUAAAAUUUGAAGUUUAAAAGAAUUAUGAAUAAGAGAGUUACUAAUUGUAUUUUUAGUCAUUUUAUCAGUAUAAACAUUUUUACUUUUUACAAACACUCAUUUUAAAUACUCUUGUUUGCUAAAAUUAUUAACUUUUUUUGUAUGUGAACAUUCCAUUUGACUUAAAAAAGAAACUAUAUUGUGCUAUCAUUGUGUUUACAUUGGUUUCACUUUUGAAGUUUGGUCAUUGCUAAUGAAUGUUUUUAAAAAUCGGUUUUACUAAGUUUUGCAUCUGGUUUAUCCAUUUUUUCUAAUGUCAGUUCUAGCAUCUAUGAACAAUUUUUUUUAUAACUGUACUGUUAAAUUAGCAUAUUAUGUUUUGAAGCCAGUAUUUGGUCUAAAUCUCAACAAAGUAAGUGUUACAUUCCACUUUGUGUGCAAUUAUUUUAAAUAUUUACAGCAAUGAUACUUCAAGUCAAAAGAGGAAAGUGGAUUUAUUAUUGUCUAACCCACUGCCAGUCCAUUAGCCUAGUAUGUCAUGUUUUGUUUUUUACUGCAUUGUCAAUUUAGAGUCCUUGUUAGAUUUAUUUGUUGAACAGGUAGACCAUUUCUUUCAUGUAAAAUGUUACUUGAAAAAUGUUCAAAAUAGCUUCAAUAAAAGUGCCAGCCAUGUGGAUGAAAGAAACAUAAAGAUGCAAUGUCAUAUAAAAGCUCAUAAAUCUAGUUGAAUUUGGGAGCUUAAAAAAAAAUUAAACAUGAUAAAUUUAAAAUCUAGAUAUUUGAUAAUAUUAUAAGAUACAUGGAUGCAUAAUACGUGAAUUUUGUGUUACAGUAUUGGGAUUUGUGUUUCAUUUAAAAUUGUAUUUUGAGAACGAUUGUUCACAAAACAAUGUAUCUAGUCACUUUGUGAAUUUUAUUUGCAAUUACUUUGAAUUAAAUGGUGUCCAUUAAAUUUUUUUUUUAUUAUUGCUAUUCAAGUAUGAAUUCAACUGUCAGCCUAUAUCUUUUUUUUUUUAGUAUUGUGACAAUUUAUAGGUUAACUUCUGACUCCUUUUUAGGUGAUAGGUAAUCAGAGUUCAGAUGAUGAUUAAUUAACAUUUUACUAUAGCAUUGGCUGUGCUCAGAAAUGUAUGGAAAUCAACGAAAACUAAAUUUGUUAGUUUUUUUUCUUAAAGUUAUGUUGGCUUUGCACAUCUAAUUCAUAUAGAAAAUAGAAGAGGGCAUUGCAUAGUUCCAACAACUUAAAAAAACAGAUGCUGCUUGUACACAUUCCAUUCUUUAUUUUUAGUUAUCAAUGAUAUUUAUUGGAUUGAUCUGCACACUCUAGUUUGUUGGUAAUAAAAAACAUUUUCAGAUUACCUUUUUUUUCAUAUGCAAUAGAACAUUUUUCUACAUGUAUUUGAGACUAAGUUUAUUGAGUCAUUUGUCUGUUGUUUUUUUCUCUCAUAAUACUAUAAAUUAGUGUUAUUAAUAAUUAUGUUGUAGAUUUUAAAUUGUAAACAAUGUAAUCAGCAUAACCUUACAACUUUUUUGUGUGUGAACCUUCAUGUUGUUGUUUCAAAGAUUUAGAGUUGUUGUUUUUUUUUUUUUUUUUUAAGGAUGGGGUGAAUUGUUAAAGUCUUUGUUGUAUAAUUUUCUAGAGCUUUAAUUAUUUGAAUGUAUGUCUUAUUCAACAUUUUGUUGUAAAGAAUUAGUUAAUUGAAAAACAAAAUCUUUUUAUGACAUACACUUUGUGACUUCAGUUGUUUAACUUUUAUCAACAUUCCAUGUGCUAAUCAUGUUUGUAAUUGACCUUUUUACUUAAACCUCUCAGUGACUAUUUAUUGUGUGCAGCAAAAUGUACUUACCUUCUUAAAAGCUUUGUUUAGUCUAAGCAGCCAAUCCAAUAACUCACUUGGCAUUAGUAUCCCAACCUGUCUUAGUAACCAAUCAAAUAACUCACUUGGCAUUAGUAUCCCAACCUGUCUUAGUAACCAAUCAAAUAACUCACUUGGCAUUAGUAUCCCAACCUGUCUUAGUAACCAAUCGCAGCCAUUAUCUCAUAAAUUUUGGCUCAAAAUAAUUUAUUAAAAAUGACAUUUUCUAAAUAUAAAAAAAAGUAGUAUAUUGGUAUUUAUAAAAUAUGUGAUGGCAUUUAACUAUUUGAUGUUUUUUUCUUUUCAACUUUAUUCAUAUAUUUUUUGUAAACAAACCUAAUAUUUCAGAUAAAGGAAUUCUGUUAUUUUUUUGCAUACAUAUGUUGUGCCUUGAAAGUAUAUUGCAAGUGUUCAAAACAUUUUUUUUUUUCCAUUUAUAAACAAAUAUAUCUAUAUACUCACUUUAUGGAUUUUUGUAUUACCCUUUCUACAAACUUUUAUUCAUAUUCAAGAAUGUCAGAAACCUAAUUUUACAUGCUACAAAUAUGAACUAUAAAAACAGAUGUAGAUGACUGAUAAUAAUUGUAUGUAUUUUCCAUUUUCCAUUAAUUUUGAAAUGAGUUUUAUAGUUCAUGUAAUUUUUUUAACCUUAAUUUGUUUUUUUUUAGAUCUAGACCAUGGCAAGCUAGUGUAAGAAAAGUGAUGUUUUUAUGUUGUUUAAAAAUUAUAUAUGUUUAAAAUCAAGAGUUAAAAUAUUAUUUUGACUUUUGGCACAUAGGUUGGUCAAAACCAGAAAAAGGAUUAGUACUAGUGCCUAUAUACAUUAAUUUUUGUUUUUAUUGAUAUUUAUAAGCCUGCAGAGAAUGUAUGUCAAAAUUGUCUACUUUGUUUUGAAAUGAAAAAACUUUUAAUUAUAUAUUUAAAUACAUCUUUUUAAAUAAAUAUUAUUUAUUCAUAGUCCCAGAUUUUUAAUGGAGUGUGAUACAAAUAUUGUAUAAAUUUAAAUUUAUAUGGUGUAAAUGCAUUGGAUUUGUUAAUAUCAUUCCAUUCUACAUUCCAUUUUUUUAAAAAUUGAUUUCACUUUUUGUCAUAUAUUUUAUAUCUAUAUAAUCUACAUUGUAUCAUAUGUAACAAUCCUUCUUUCUGUCUUUGUUUGUUUGGUUGUUUUCUGUCAGUGUAACAGGUAAUGUACAACUGAUAGGUGGCACACAAGUUGUAAAAGUCAUUCUCUUAUAUACCUUGUUGAACAUUUGACACCUAUUAAUGUCUUGUCAUUAAUGUCAUUGAUUUAAAGUGUGUCAUAAGUUUGUGCGUUCAGAACUCUCUGGUUCUCUAAAUAUUUGGUGCUUCUCUUGAAGGAUCCAGAAUACAAAAGUUAUGUCCUCUAAAGCCCUGGUGAUAUUUACCAGAAAAUAAAAGAACUUAAGUCUGA